AUGACCUGUCAGCAAGACACAAUUUUAUCGUUGUCCACAGGCCUCAUCCUCAAUAAAGAUUUACAUACUCUCAAUAUUCCGGAGCUGGCAAACUCGACUUCACAGAAAGCAUGGCUACACGAUCAAGAGGAUCGCAACAAGAGAACCGUAACAGACUUGUACAAAGCCAUAACCUCAGAGGACACCAACACAAUGCACCGUCUUCUGGCACCAGACUUGGAGUGGUGGUUCCACGGCCCACCCUCCCACCGUCACCACCUCAUUCCUCUCCUCACAGCCACUACCACCACCUCCUCCUCGAAGCCCGUGCUGGUUCCUGACCUUAUCGUUGGGUUCGGAUCAGUGACCAUUGCUGAAGGGUUCGACGUGACCAACUUGGUGUGGUGGGUGCACGCGUGGACCAUCACCGCCGACGGCGUCAUCACGGAGGUUAGGGAGUACGUCAACACCUCCGUCACCGUCACCAGGCUCGGCUUCCAUGACUCCGACGAUGUUGUUGCUUCUGCGACGUGUCAAAGCGUGUGGCAGAGCAAGCUGUGCGAUGAGUCUGUGAUUAAAAAAAAUAAAAAAUAUAUGGCUGUGGUAUUUAAUGUGACACCUGAAAAAGAAAUCAACAAAAUCCCCAAAAUCGAUACAACGUUUGUUUCCAGCGUUCAUCUCAGCUUGGCUAGGGCACCACAGCUACCCUCUGUUCAUACUUCUCCAUCAGAAGCAGAGAGAGUUUGGGAGAGAAUGUUAUCAGGGGACAUACCUCCAAACCAGACCAUUUACAUCAAGAAUCUCAAUGAGAAGGUCAAGAAAGAUGAGUUGAAGAGAUCACUGUAUUGCUUGUUCUCUCAAUAUGGAAGAAUUUUGGAUGUUGUUGCUCUAAAGACACCCAAGCUUCGAGGACAGGCGUGGGUUUGUUUCAGUGAAGUCACUGCAGCCAGUAAUGCAGUGAGACAAAUGCAAAACUUCCCAUUUUAUGAAAAACCUAUGAGAAUUCAAUACGCAAAAACAAAGUCAGAUUGUGUUGCGAAAGAAGAGGGUAGUUAUGUUCCACGAGAAAAGAAGAAGAAACAAGAGGAGAAAGCUGAAAAAAAGCGGCGUGCUGAGGAAGCACAGCACUCUGCUGCGGCUAAUGGAACACAUAGUGCAAGUAAUGGUGGUCCAACUGCAUCAUUCCGUCAAGGACCCAGUGCCCAAGAAGCAGCUGCUCCUAACAAUAUUUUGUUCAUAGAGAAUUUGCCUCAUGAAACUACUGGUAGGAUGCUUGAAAUGCUCUUCGAACAAUACCCAGGUUUUAAGGAAGUGCGCCUGAUUGAAGCCAAGCCGGGAAUUGCAUUUGUUGAUUUUGAAGAUGAUGUGCAAUCAUCCAUGGCCAUGCAGGCCCUUCAUGGCUUCAAAAUCACUCCACAGAAUCCCAUGAUUAUAACCUUUGCUAAGAAGUAG